CGGAGAAAAUGGCCAUAAGUCCCACUGACUGACACGCGGGGACCAAGCAAAGUGAACAGAACAAUCCCCCACAAACAGACGCGCGCGCGACGGACGGACGGCGCGCCGGAGAGGAGAGGAGAGGAGAUCGAACGAUGGCAAGGAAGGUGGAGGAGGAGGAGUAUGAGGAGGACGAGGGGGAGUCGAUAGAGCGGGUGUUCGAGGGGCAGGAGGUGCCCGACUGGAAGGAGCAGGUGACGGCGCGGGCGCUGGCGAUGAGCGCGCUGCUGGGCUUCAUGUUCAGCGUCAUCGUGAUGAAGCUCAACCUCACCACCGGCAUCAUCCCCUCCCUCAACGUCUCCGCGGGGCUCCUCGGCUUCUUCCUCCUCACCUCCUGGACCCGGCUGCUCAACAAGGCCGGCGUUCCCGGCGUGAAGCCCUUCACCCGCCAGGAGAACACCGUCGUCCAGACCUGCGUCGUCGCGUGCUCCGGCAUCGCCUUCAGCGGGGGAUUUGGGAGCUACAUGUUCGGAAUGAGCGAGAGGAUCAGCGAGCAGUCAGGCGAGGUGAGGGACGAGGAUAGCAUCAAGAACCCCAGCCUGGGCUGGAUGAUCGGCUUCCUCUUCAUCGUCAGCUUCCUCGGCCUCUUCUCCGUCGUGCCCCUCAGGAAGAUAAUGAUCAUCGAUUACAAGCUCAUCUACCCGAGCGGCACGGCAACGGCGCACCUCAUCAACAGUUUCCACACUCCCCAGGGCGCAAAGCUGGCCAAGUUACAGGUGAAGACGCUGGGGAAGUUUUUCGCGAUGAGCUUCAGCUGGGGCUUCUUCCAGUGGUUCUACACCGGCGGCAAAGACUGCGGAUUCAGUUCCUUCCCCACCUUGGGCCUCGAGGCACGCAGACAAAAGUUCUACUUCGACUUCUCGGCCACGUACCUAGGUGUCGGGAUGAUCUGCCCUUACCUCGUCAACCUCUCCGUCCUCCUCGGAGGCAUCAUAUCAUGGGGGAUCAUGUGGCCUAUCAUCGAGCACAAGAAGGGCGACUGGUACCCCGCCGACCUCAAGCCCAGCAGCCUCCGCGGCAUCGUCGGCUACCGAGUGUUCAUCUCCAUCUCGCUCAUCCUCGGCGACGGCCUGUACAACUUCCUCAAGGUGCUGACCCGGACCAUGACGGCGCUGGUGGCGCAGGUGCGCGGGAUGAUGUCGGGGCCUAGCCUGCCCAUCAGCGAGGCCGGGGGCGACCUGGGGCCGGUGGAGACGUUCGACGACCAGCGCCGCACGGAGCUCUUUAUGAAGGACCAGAUCCCCAACACGCUCGCGCUCAGCGCCUACGCGGUCACCGCCGCCAUCUCCAUCAUCACGGUGCCGCGCAUCUUCCACCAGCUCAGGUGGUACCACGUGGCCACCUCCUACGUCAUCGCGCCGGUGCUGGCCUUCUGCAACGCCUACGGCUGCGGCCUCACCGACUGGUCCCUCGCCACCACCUACGGCAAGCUCGCCAUCUUCCUCGUGGGCGCCUGGGCCGGCGCCUCCAACGGCGGCAUCAUCGCCGGCCUCGCCGCGUGCGGGGUCAUGAUCGGCAUCGUCUCCACGGCGUCCGACCUGACGCAGGACUUCAAGACCGGGUACAUGACGCUCGCGUCCCCCCGGUCCAUGUUCGUGAGCCAGGUGAUCGGCACCGCCAUGGGCUGCGUCAUCGCGCCGUCCGUGUUUUGGCUCUUCUACAAGGCGUUCGGCGACAUCGGCACGCCGGGGUCCGAGUACCCGUCGCCCAACGCGCUGGUGUACCGCAACAUGGCCAUCCUGGGCGUGCAGGGGCUCGGGUCGCUGCCCAAGCACUGCCUGGACCUCUGCAUCGUCUUCUUCGUGGGCGCCAUCGUGGUGAACCUGGCGAGGGACCUCGCGGGCCCCAACAUCGCGCAGUUCAUCCCGCUGCCCAUGGCCAUGGCCAUCCCCUUCUACCUGGGGCCCUACUUCGGGAUCGACAUGUGCAUCGGGAGCCUCAUCCGCUUCGUGUGGGACCACGUCGACGGCGCCAGGGCCAAGGCGUUCGCGCCGCCCGUCGCGUCGGGGCUCAUCUGCGGCGACGGCAUAUGGACGCUGCCGCAGUCGGUGCUGGCGCUCGCCGGCGUGAGGCCGCCCAUCUGCAUGAAGUUCCUUCCGCGCCUGACCAACCUCCAGGUGGACGCCUUCAUCAAAUCUCUACCGCCGCCGCCUCGCUGAAGUUAACCCACGACCUGGCUGCCUAACACGCAUAAAUGUUUAUAAGUAUAGUAGUGACAGAUACAUUAAUGUACUGGUAGUAAGUAACUAGAGGGUAGGCUUUCCUGGUGUGCCUCUUGCUACAUUCAUUCAGUAGAAUCCAUAGAUGAGAUGUUUGCAUUGGAGAGGGCGACACGUGCCUUGCGGAUAAAUAGCCAUAGGAACUGGGCAGAGUAAAGUACCACAUUUGGGGUGCAUGCAUACAUGCAUCAUGAA